AUGUUAAAACGCCUUGAAAAUAUUUUAAAUAUUACAGCCUCUGCUUCACAGACUGCAAAAUUACUCGAAACUACUACCUUAAAUUUACUAAAAACCGUUCUUUACUAUUACAAAGAUAAGUAUAAAAUUUUUAUAAAACAUAACAUUAAUAACGAAGAUUUAAUAGGUCUGGCUUUAAUAGCUUACUGUGACAUUAACAAUAUAAAGAUUGAAGAUAAUAUUAUUGAUUUUUAUUAUGAUGUUAUAUUAAAUAAUAGACUAAAAGACGAAGAUAUUUUAGAUCAUCUUAUAAAAGAAAAUGAAGAAUUGCGCAAUAAGCUAGAAAUAGAACAUGCAUUUAUUAAACAAGCCUGGUAUGAAAUGUGUGAAACAAAAACAAAAUUUGAAUAA